CACACACACACACACACACACACACACACACACACUCCCCUCCCUCCUCUGGGGGCGACACCCCUCAUUCCGCCCCCAUUCAUGUGGCUCCAUUCACAUUCCCUUCACAUUCAGAUCAGGAUGCGAGAAAAGCGGAGGGAAGGCAAACACAGAGGUUCUCAUCAGAGCAGCGUCCGCGUGAGCUGACAGCCCAGAGCAGAGUGAUCCACGGUUCUAUGAUGUGAAUGAGAACAGUCCUUCCCCCCUGUAUCCAGAGAAAGCAUUAUCGGGGGGGGUGCUCCACUCAUCUGACCUCAGGCUGGAUGUAUCAGGUGUCCAGACUGAAGAUAAUCUGCUUUUUUCUGCUGGGCGAUUGAGGAGAAGCGAUGUCUCAGAACUGCUGCAGAGUCUGCAGCAGAGGUUUGUACAGCUGCCACUGGAGGAACGACAGUCCCAGAGAAAGAAAAAAUGCCUGCCCCUGGUUUUCAGUGAUCUCCGUGGUGUCCCUGCUCUCCUUGAGCUGGAUGUAUAUCUGUCUGGUUGCGUUUAAUGAUCAAGACGAUGUAAACUGGAAAGGCUUCGAAACGCUGAAACUGUGGGUGAACUGGUUCAUGGUGCUGAUCAUCAUUUCUGCUGUGUUAACCAGCUACUGCGUUCUGCUGCUGAUUUUUGCACUUCUCCAGGUUGCCUUGGGCGAGAGACUCGACUUACACUGUCUGCACAAGGUCUUCUUAUUCUUGGGGGUGGCGUUCAUCAUUUCCUGCGUCACUGCAGUAAGCCACAUGUGGCAAGAAGAAUGGCCGGCAGUCCUGUUGUCUCUCCAGGCCACUGCUCCCUUUCUGCAGUUUGGUGCUGCUGGAGCUUUGACUCUGCUGAGCCUGUUUGUUUUCCGCAGCUUCCACAAGGCCAAAAAAGGCUCUAAGAUCCUGAUCGCUGGGAUGUUUCUGGUCGUGUCAGCAGCCAUCUUCCUGUGUCCCCUCGCCAUUACUUCUCCCUGUCUGAUAGACGAAGAGGAACUACCCGCAAAGCCCAAACUGAUUGGCCACAGAGGCGCGCCGAUGCUGGCCCCGGAGAACACCAUGAUGUCCUUCAACAGGAGCAUCGCGUGCGGCGUGACCACCUUCGAGACAGACGUGCAGCUCAGUAAAGAUCGGAUUCCCUUCUUGAUGCACGAUCACGAAAAGGGGUUCCUGCUGAGAACAACAAACGUUAAAGAGAAGUUCCCCAACAAGACUUUGAGCAUAAGCGCUGACCUGACCCUGGAGGAGUUGCAGAGUCUGAAUGCAGGUGAAUGGUUCCUGAAGACGGAUCCUUUUCACUCCGUGUCUGGGCUGUCAGAGGAAGAGAAGGAAAUGGCCCGGGUUCAGACGAUACCCUCUUUACUUAAGCUUCUUGAUCUCGCCAACGAACACAACAUCUCAGUGUUUUUUGACCUCUACAGGUCAAAGCAGGACAACAGCACGGUGGACAAAGUCAACGACACGGUGGACACAGUCGACGCCAUCUUGAAUUCCAGCAUCGACCCAAGCCUGGUUUUCUGGCUUCCUUCAGAAAACAGAGAAUAUGUAAACCUGACAGCCCCAGGCUUCACCCAGAUCUACAACAAUGAAAGUGAAAUGCGCAACCGAGGCGGAAAACACCUAAAUCUGAAAUACAGCAAUCUAAGCACGGGAAAAAUCAGAGACCUUCGGAGGGAAAACAUUUCCGUGAACCUGUGGGUGGUCAAUGAGCGCUGGCUCUUCUCCCUGCUGUGGUGUGCAGGGGCCAGCUCCGUCACCACCAACUCCUGCAACCUCCUCAAGAACGUCCACCGUCCCGACUGGACCAUGGCGCCUCAAAAAUACAGAGCAAUCUGGGUUUCGGUGGACGUCGCGUCGGCCGUGAUCAUGAUCAUCCUCUACAUCUUUCAGUGGAAAACACACUGUCUGUGCCACAGAGGAGGUCAGUGUUUGUCUGAAUGUGUUACCACCUGGGGAAGAAAUCAUGGCUGGUUUAGUUAUCAACUAAUCAGUAGCUUCACAAUUAAUGAAUUGUUCAGUCAAAAAAAAAGUGGAAUUCCAAAAGAAACUGGAUUAUUUUUAAUUGAAGAUUUAAAAAAAAAUAGACCGGAGCGAUUCAUUGAUUGUGAAAACAGCCUCAGAGUGAAAUUUACCUUAUUUACUAACAUUCUAACCAACUAUUGUUGGAUUUUUCACUCACUUAAAUAACAGUUUUGACAUGAUGGUUUGCAUAUUUACUCAGUGUCCAAAUGACGGUUUUUGGUUUUUGUUAUUUCACUCCUUGUGUAUUUUAAACUGAAUGCUGAAUGUUUUUUAAAGAGUCACAUUUCUGUAUUUUCCUAACUUGACAGAGGUGGAAAGACACAGUCCUGCAGUCUGGAAUGAGAAGGAGCUGUAUCCCUUUUUACCCACGAACACACCUUUCAGCCCCCAAAACUGAGACCGAAUGGUUUGGAUCUGAUUCGGGGGAAGAGAGCAAGCUGCUGUGAACCACCACACAACUAUUAUUCAGCCAUUACGUUUAGAAUGUUGUUUUUGCAGAGAUUCUAAAAUGUGAAUCAGAUAUAAUCUGAUGCCACUGGGUGGCAGUGUCACACUUAAAAAAAGAAAAAAAAAAAAAGUUCCAGCUGGUGAACUGGAAUUGCCCUUGAAGACAAUCAUGGCUGUAAAGAUGUUUCCCUUCAUCUGAUCCUAUUGUCUUCUCGCACUGAAGAGGUCCGAUGUUUAAACUUUAAUUUUCUGUCAGUUCUGGAAGUUUACAUUAAGCGAAAAGAAGAGUUCAUUCUGUUUAUAAUUCAGUACUUCAUUUUAGUAAGAGUAGUGGGCACAAAACUGAAACCUGGGCCAGUGCAGCGGUGAAUUGCUUGGAAAGUCUCACCAGCAUCACAGAUGAAGAGCUGCUAAAAGAAGACUCGGUUUUGUGACAUUUCUAUGUAUUUUGCAACAGGACACAUCUGUAAUACUGGCAUUUUGUUUGAAAUUGUACUUAUUUUUCUUUCUGAAUAUAAACUUACUUCAAUUUUGUGAAAAUUAACUAAAUUCUAAACUUUUUCUGGGAUUGGCUCCAGAGCCCCACUACCCUCAACAGGAUAAAGAAGAUGGAAAACCUUUUUCAUAAUAAACAUCUUUACUAAAUCAAAGCAAAACAAACAUUUGUAUUGAGGUUGUCAUGCCGACAUGUUUCAGCCUCCUCUGGAUAGAGCGCUCUGCUCGAUCUGCAAGACUGGACAGAUUGUGGCUGGUCUGGUGCUCGUACCGUCAGCACUGCCAAGACACAUAAAUAUGAUGACAUUGCGACUGUGACAAAACAUGAGCCAAGUUCCUUUUGUAACGAACUCUUCCGUCUUCCAGAUAUCUGUAGAAAGGCCAAGCUGGGUGAAAAAAGUUGCUCAUAGUUACCCUGCGGCCUUUUAGUCAGGUCUGAAGUAGCAGCCUUUGUGUCAUCUGUUCAGAAGAUAUUAUAAUGAUUCCGCCUGGAGUUGAAGAAAGUAUUUCUUUUUGAAGAAUAAAAAGGAAUAUUGAUGUGUCAUAUAUAACCAUAAGACAAUUUCACCAUAUCAACAGAGCCACGGUUCUUUAUCAAGGUUUGUGUGUGGGAUACUUUGUCUAUAUCUGUCAUACCUUCUAUCGUGUGUUCUGUCAAUAUGUAUCUUGUUUCAGAGUUAACUUUUUUAAUACAUAUAAGAAGACUGUAACCUGAGCCAAAAACAAUAAAACAAUUUUAUACUUUA